AACAAAGAAAUGAAUAAAUUGGAAUAUUCGUACUUGCUUCUUCUCAAUUAAUUUCUCUCUGAAUUCUUCAGAUCUUCUGAACUCAACGCGUUUCUUCUUCUGCAAUACCUCAACGUCUUCUUCUUCAACUCUUCACCUUAUCGGAACAACAAUUUCGGAAUUUUCGUUUUGUUUUGCUCAAUUUUCAACUGUCAGCGUAAAAUUCGAUCUAGGUUUUAAAGUAACAUUACUUGUUUGAUCUUUUUCUCCUGAAAGAAAGAAGAACAAGAUGCAGAAAGAUCAACUCAAGAAGGAUGUUAAAGAGGUAAAGUUUUUCACUGAUUACGGAGACGCCAACCGAUACAAAAUUCUUGAAGUUGUUGGUAAAGGUAGCUAUGGAGUUGUUUGUGCAGCGAUUGACACACACACUGGAGGAAAAGUUGCGAUCAAGAAGAUUCAUGAUGUUUUUGAACAUAUCUCUGAUGCCAUUAGAAUCCUCAGGGAAGUCAAGUUGCUAAGACUUUUAAGACACCCUGAUAUCGUUGAGAUUAAACGGAUUAUGUUGCCGCCUUCAAAGAGGGAAUUUAAAGAUAUUUAUGUUGUCUUUGAGCUCAUGGAGUCUGAUCUCCAUCAAGUCAUCAAAGCUAAUGAUGACUUGACUCGUGAACACCAACAGUUUUUUCUUUAUCAAAUGCUUCGUGCACUGAAGUUUAUGCAUACAGCAAAUGUAUAUCACAGAGACCUUAAACCCAAGAAUAUACUUGCAAAUGCAAACUGCAAACUCAAAGUCUGUGAUUUUGGACUGGCAAGAGUUGCAUUCAAUGAUACCCCAACAACAACUUUUUGGACGGAUUACGUUGCUACAAGAUGGUAUAGAGCCCCUGAACUAUGCGGGUCUUUCUUUGCUAAGUACACACCUGCAAUUGAUAUAUGGAGCAUUGGUUGCAUUUUUGCGGAAGUGCUUACAGGAAAGCCAUUGUUUCCUGGUAAAAGUAUUGUGCAUCAAUUAGAUUUGAUUACUGAUCUUCUUGGAACACCACCACCCGAAAUUAUCUCUGGAGUUCGAAAUGAGAAGGCAAGGAAGUACUUGAUGGAGAUGCGGAAGAAACUUCCUGUGCCAUUUGAACGGAAAUUUCCAAAUGCUGAUCCAUUGGCCCUUCGUCUAUUGCAAAGGCUUUUAGCAUUUGAUCCAAAGGAUCGACCAACAGCCCAAGAGGCACUAGCUGAUCCUUUCUUCAAGGGUUUGGCAAAAAUUGAGAGAGAACCUUCUUCUCAGUCAAUUUCAAGAAUGGAGUUUGAGUUUGAGAGAAGGCGGGUGUCAAAAGACGAUAUUAAGGAACUAAUAUAUCGGGAAAUACUUGAAUAUCAUCCUCAGCUGCUUAAAGAUUACAUUAAUGGAACUGAAGGCACAAACUUCAUGUACCCUAGUGCAAUAGACCAAUUUAGAAAGCAAUUUGCUUAUCUUGAGGAGAAUAAUGGUAAAUGUGGCCCGGUGAUUCCUCCAGAAAGGAAGCAUGUCUCCCUUCCUAGGUCCACUGUUCUCUCUAGUACAAUUCCUCCCAGUACACAAUCGUCUUUUGCUCCAUAUGCGAACAGACAAAUCGCACAAGAGGCAUUCAGUAUUCCCAGAGCUGCAGAAUCAAAUUCUCUAAGUCAAUCAAAGGGUUUACGACCACCUCCAAGAGCGCCAGCAGCCAAAUCAGGAAGAGUUACAGGGCCAGUUCUCUAUGACAAUGGAAGAAGCACAAAAGAUAAUUAUGACGCAAGGAUCUUCUACCAAAAUGCUAUUCCUCAAGCAAUCUCUCCCCACUGUUUCCAAAGGGUUGCACACGCGCACCAAACUAGCACAAAAACUACACCAGAAACAUACAAGGAUAAUUCACAAGGCAAACAUCAACACUCACCGCAGAAGUGUAACGUGCCAACUAGGCCAGCUAUCGAUCUUAACACCAAUCCAUACCGCCAACAGGGCAAGAAUGAUCUGUUUAACGAUCCUGUUACCGUUAUUGACGCAAAAUUGUUGCAGGCUCAAUCUCAAUUUGGUGCAGCUGGUGCUGCAGCAGUAGCCGUUGCUGCUCACAGGCAUUCUGCAGGCUUUCAGUAUGGAUUGACAUAGAUUAGGAGUUCUCAGAGAGAUUUGCCAUAAUUGCUUUGUCUGAGUUAGGAGUGAAGAAAGUUGGUUAACUUUUAGUUGGGUUUAGUUUUUUUUUUCCUUUCUAUUUCUGCUUUCAUAAUGUCAUCCUUGUAAUUAUAUGUACAUCAUUUAAUUAAUUAAUAAAAAAUUUGA